CGACGUCGUUCUUCGUUUCUCGUCUUACCAUACCUGAAUCAAAAACGAUAAAACAACAUUCGCAAGAGCUCGAGGAACAUCACCAACCUACCCUCACUACAAUACGAUCAGCCAUCAUGUCCGCAAUCUCUCGCCCUAUCACUUCCCGCUUAUGGAACCACUAUACCACCGCUCUGCGUGAACGACCACUGCGCACGAAAAUGAUUCAAAGUGGUGUUCUCUUCAUAACGGCCGAUAUUGUGGCACAGCUAGGUAUUGAAGGAAGGAGUUUAAGGAGAGCGAUCUCGGGGGAGGAGGGCGAUGAGGUAUAUGAACCUUUAAGAACGGCCAGGCUGGUUUCCUAUGGGACCAUUAUCUUCGCCCCUCUUGCUCAUAUGUGGCUCAGCACACUAGAAAAAAUCAGUCUUUCCAGUCGCUGGACGACCCUUGCUUCCAGAUUAGUAUUGGAUAUGACUGUGUGGAGUCCCUGUGUUACUUUCAUGUUUCCAACUUCGCUUGGUCUCUUAGAAGGGAAGAGCAUUAAGGAGGUCCGUCAUAAAGUAGCCAUGGGCUGGUUCCCAACGUGGCAGAAGGCCGUAUGUGUCUUUGGUCCUACCCAGAUUCUCAAUUUUACCCUUGUUCCAGCCCAACAUCGUCUUCUAUUCGUCCAGUCUGUCGGCAUGUGCUGGAACAUCUUCCUUUCAUGGCAAAACAAUAGAAACAACAAGGUCCUCGCUGCCGCCACGUUGAAACUUGCUGUAGCUCGUGUUCAUGUGUCGGAAAUUGAGAGCGAAGAAAAUCCGGAAGAGAAUGAAGUCGAACAAGCGGAGAAAGAGUUGGAGAAAGCGCAAGCGGCCGUCAAAAGAGCCGAGGAGAAGAAGGAAAGGAUGCGAAAGGAAGGUGGGGAGGCGGGUGUUGGUGUCAGAAUGGGAUGGUCAUAGGCGGCUUGCGCGUCUUUGCUCCCUUCAGCGUUUCUUAAUCUUCGCUGGCUGUAUUGGUAGAACUUUAGAUGUCUCUAGAUCUCUGUAGAUCAUAGACCAUAUCACGUGCUUGUUGUAGCUAUCGCAAAUUAUAGAAUGCUACAGUAUAUGACCAUCA